AUUUACAUGUUUUCAAACCAUAGCGUGGCCAGUUGAGCGUUCGUUGAGUCACAAACCACAGGAGACUUUUGAUAUUUAACCCUAAAGUUUAGGACUCAGUUGAUAAUUCUUAGAUACUUUAAGCGAGAAAAGAUCUCCGGAAUUUUAGCAUACCUUGAAAGUCCCUCCGCCCGAGAGAGCUGAAAAAUUCUCACAAAUGGCGUUCACCAUUACACACACCAGCCAUCUCUUCGCCAACCCUUCAUACCAUCCUGCAAUCCAUUUUCCAGAAUUGCCCCUCAAACAACGCAAGAUUACACGUCAUCACUGCUUGCCUCCAAAAUCACAACCGUCUGAAGAUGUACCCUCAACUGCCGACCACGACCGCCGGCAGCAGAAGCUUCUCCAAGCCGUGGCUGAGUCGAAUGAGGAGCAGCUCCCUGGAGUCAGAACAUUCGAGAACGACUCGGCGCGGCUUACCCUCGUUGGCGCUGUUGACUUCCAGCAAGCCGUCACUGCUGCCGCUGCUGAUGGCGGCCGAGCAGCCAACGAACACAUUAUCGCCGGCUUGCCAACCAUGGUCAUAGAGACCGUCUUCCCAGGACGGCCUGAUGACUGCAGCACUCUUUCCACUAGGCUGUUUUUACCGGCUAGCAAAGUAAAAGAGAAGGCUAAGAAACUCAAAGCUACCCUUAGUGAAGAUAUUCUUUCUAGCACUACGUCGGCGAACAUACUUGCCAUGACAUUUAGACAGGUGGUACUGCAACAGCUUUGGAGCUUUGAGCUUGUGGCAUUUAGAUGUGGAACUGAAAGAAAUAUCGAUGAUUUUGGAAAUCUGAGAGAGCAGGUACUUGCAACUUUUACCAUCAGCUCUUCAGAAGAACAUAUUCUUUCUGUGCUUGCUGAAGUUAUUUGCUCUUCUGCACUUGAAAGUAUUGAAAGUCAUACAGUGGGCCAAUCAUUUGGUAGAGCAUCUGCAAAGUUUAUUCAAUGGUUUCACAAACCUAAAAGAUAUGUAUCCAAAGACUCAUCCAUUAUUCUACAUAAGCUACUUGAUAACGAGAUAGCUGCCAAUGCAAAAAUUCUGCUGGACAAGUUUAGCUCAAGAAGGGUGAAAUCUAUGGGAAUUAAGUCAAAAUAUAGUUGGUGGACAUUGUCAUCGGACCCUGAAUUGGAAAAGUUUAAUGGCCCUGAAUUUACUGCUGGGCUUAAUGAACAUAUACCUUCAUAUCGGCUGCAAAUAGAUGCUGGCAAAUUCAAAGAUGUGAAAAUUGAAGGGGGGAAUUUGUUCACCACGAAUAUUUGGGAAAUUCUCUUGACUCAUUGCCAAAUGAUAAAGGCGGGAUGGAGUUUGAAAUUGAGAGUAUCAAUUCCUGGUGUUUGUUUGGCAGACAUUCUUGAUAUUUAUUAUCAAGAUGACUUCACUUUGCCAGCUAAACAAUUGUCGUGUGAUGCAAUGAUGAACCUUUCCAACUUGUCCAGAAAUAAGAGCGGCAGUUCUUUGCUUAAAAUUUUGUCAGCCACCCUCGCAGGUGGCCUAUUGCUUGUUAUGAUAAGCAUUCUAAGUCAACUUUACCUGCCUAAUCUGACUCGCUGGAGGAAGUACCAUAAAGAUCACUCAGUUCAGUCAUCUUGCAUUAGAUGUAUUGAACCCGAAUCUUUGGGGCUUACCCAGUUGGAAGCUUGCUGCAUUGCAGUAAUCAGAAAACUUAAGGACUCUUUUGGUUGGCCUGGAGAAAUAAUAACAAAAGCUGGUCAUUGUGCAUGGACUGGAGAGCUGCCAUUGUACCUUAAGAGGAUGGUUGAAAUUGACUCCAAGACGUCAGAUGUUUUAUCCACAGUGACAUUGCCAGGAGAACGAAUUGAAGAGAUGAAAGGAUCUGUUCAAGAUAUUGCAAGUUAUCAGGUUGUUUUGUCUACUGAAGGGGAAGUUGUUGGAUUCCAACCAAGAAGCCGUAUGGCUGUCAAUCACUGGGCAUCAAACCCCUUAACAAAGGAGUUGUAUGCCAGAAGAAAUCUUUCUCCUGGCUUUUUAGAACCUGGUUUGAAGAUCCAUCAUCCUAGUGACGUUGUGCUAUUGGAGUUACUAAUGUCGGCAAAUCCUGAGCCACAUUUUGCAUUGGUUAGACCAGCAGGCAUUUGACGAAUGGUUGAUGGACAGCAGACCGUAUAUUUUGCUUGUAGUUUGUUUCGUUGGGAUUAAGUUGAGCGGAAAAUUUUGGUAUAUUGAUGGUUAGACAUUCCCUCAUUGGUAUUAUGGUUUUGCUCUUUUGACCUUGCAAUUUCAAGUUUGUCUGGGAAAGUUUUUUUAUAACAUCUUCAUCAUUCCUGUUUGAAGAAAUUCAUCGAAGUAAAACAGAAGGAAGUGGUCUAAUCGGUCUUCUUGUGCCA